UUGUUUACAUUAGCGAUUAGCGCCGCAAAGACCUCUGGGCCACUAGGCUCAUUUCGGCGCUGUGGAUUGUGGGGAGUCAUUGGUCCUCCACCCGUCCAUCGUAGAAAUGGCUGCCUCGGCGGCAGCGGCGGCUUCUUCCCCCGCGUUGUGCCCCAGCUUCGCCGUCAUCUGCUCCUUUUUAGAGCGCUACGGGGCUCUGCUGGAUCUACCGGAGCUUACGUUUCCACAGCUGGAGCGAUAUCUGGAGGAAACGGCCGCAGUUCCUAAGCUGCUGGUAGAUCUACAUGUCAAGUUGUUGAGGAAAAUAGGCAAGUCUGUUUCUGCAGAGAGAUGGGAGAAGUAUCUUGUAAAGAUAUGUCAGGAGUUCAACACCACAUGGGCAUGGGAGCUGGAGAAGAAGGGCUAUCGGGAGUUGACGGUGGAGUGCAAGACAGGAAUUCUCAAGUAUUUAUGUGAAUGCCAGUUUGAUGACAAUGUCAAGUUCAAGACAGCCAUCAAUGAAGAAGACCCGGAUAAAAUGCGCCUGCAGCCCAUCGGCAGAGACAAAGAUGGCCUCAUGUAUUGGUUCCAGCUUGACCAGGAUCACAACGUGAGGGUGUAUGUGGAGGAGCAGGAUGAUCUAGAUGGUUCCUCCUGGAAAUGCAUUGUUAAAAAUCGAGAUGAUUUGGCUCAGAUCCUUGGACUGCUGAAGACUCAGAUUGAUCCUGCGCUGUUGGUCAAGAAAGAUCAGGAGGAAGGGUCAUCUAGUAACAGCCCAAGCCCAGAGGAUGAAGAGAACAAAAAGAAAGAUGAUGGAGACAUCAAGAAACAAAAUGAUUUGGAUGAAGAUAAAUCAAAAGAUGCAUCUUCUGUCUCUACCAAAAGUGAAAAGGAUGGCAUAUUGUCCAAAACGGAUAACCUGAAGCAAGAAACUACAGAGGAAAAUGACACAUUGAAAAAUAAAGAUGAGAAAGAGGAGGUCAACAGUCGUUGUGACAAGCCAACGGGAGUUGAUGGAACCAUUAUCCAAGCAAUCAAAGAGGAGCCCAUGGGGGAAGGCGAAGCGCACAAAAGCUCGUCUGACUCACCACCAGAAACCUGUGGUCCGCUGUCUUCAGAACAAACAGAGGAGUUGCAGAAGAAGUCUUCAGAUGAAGUACAGAGGGCAAUUAAAAAUGACCAACAAGCUAAAAUCCCUUUGAAAAAACGAGAGAUGAAACUGAGUGAGGAUUUUGAAACCAAUUGUGGGAGCAGUGGCAGCAGCAUCAUUGUCCGUAAUCCAGCUGGUACUACAGUAAAAGAAAAGCAGGCAGCGAGUGAGGAAAAUGGGGUACAUGGUGAUGAGCUGAAUGGGGAGGUCUCAUCUGCUACAGUCGUGAAAAGUAAAACACAAAAAAGCCCAGAGAUGCAAAAAGAAACACCGCAGACUCUUUCUGAAGAUCAAGAAGCAGAUACCAAAGUAAAAAAUCAGUCUUCGGAUACAAGGAAAACAGAGGAACAAGACAACGACAGAGAAAAGCAACGGGAAAAAGAGGCGAAGGAGAAGGAUAAGACCCAAACUAGUGUGGAAGAAUCCAUGGAAGUGGACAAACCUGAGGAAUCCAGUUCGCACAAGGAAAGUACAGUCGUGAAAAAGGGUCAAGACAUAUCACCAAAGCAAGAAGCAUCUUCUAAGUCGACUGAAAAUUCCUCGGAACCUGAAGAGCUGAAGUCGUCAACAGAUAUGGAAAAGACUAAGUCGUCUAGUAUAGACGUUGUUGCAGACCCUCCUGCCAAGAUACAACCUGAGGAAUCUAGUGCCAUGGAGACCACAGACCAGUCUGAACUGGAAAAGAACAAGCCAUUAAAGUUAAGUGAGAGCGUCCCAUGUUCUAAAGAAAAAACAGACACUAAAGUCCAAGAAAUGAAAGAUCUGUCGGACCAUGCAAAUGAAAAAAAUGCUAUAGUGUUGAAAGAAAAGGCUUCUGAAGAGGCGAUCAGCUCACGUGCUCCUAAGGAGACUGAGGCAUCGACUUCAUUGGAAAAGUCCAAGGCGUCUACAAAACAGGGGGACUCUGCUCAUGAAGAGAAUGAAAAAUCUGUUGUCAGUAAUGAGACAGAGAAAAAGCUCGCUGUCGAAGAGAGAAGUGAGCUGUCUGCCUGUGAGGAAACCAAAACAGACCAUAAGCCUGUUGACGGCACUGCAGGAGAUGGUGCUUCAGUGGAGGAUGUCAAAGAAACUAGAUCAGACUCUCCUAAACAGACUGAGAAACAGCAGCUUCCUGAAGAGAAUGAACUCCCAGCCGUUAAGGAGAAUGAAAAAUCUGGUAAUUUAACAGAAGAGAAAAAUGCAUUCCCUGAAGAUGUAGAUGUGUCUGAGGAGAAGGAGAAACCACCUUCACCGAAAGAAAAAUUCACAUCUGUAUCCUCUGAAAAGACAACGGUUAGUGUUGAGACAAAUGAAUCCACAAUCAGUAAACCUUUGGAAUCAGAUAUUGAUGGGAUAACUGACAAGGCUGUCCCACCAGAAACUGAUAAAGACUCCAAAGAAAGUGGUUCAACAACUGCUGGGAAAGAAUCAGAAGCACAAGAUGACCAGAAAGAGGCUUCUCCCUCACCUAACGAAUCCCAAACAGAGAUCCAUAAAGAAGAAAAUAAGACUGAGGAUAUGGAAGUUAGCUCAAAUGACACCAAGGUUAAUGAAGUAUCCCCAGCUAGCAAGGAGGGAGUGGAACGAAAGACAGGAAAAGAUCCUUCAUCUGAUGCCGCUUCCGUGGGCUGUGAUGCAGGGCCUCAGACAGAGGCUUCAGAGAAGCAGGAUGCUGAUGUAGACAAGCCUAUAGAGGAAAGCAAGGCUUCCACAGAUAAACCGAAACCAGACAGUGGUCCACGAGAGGAAAAGAAAGAAAGGGCUAGACAGAGAGGUGCUUCUAAAGAGGCGAGAAUCACUAGAGAAGCUUUCAAAGCGAAAAAGACGGAGCAGAUCCAAGAAGAGGAGAAGAAUGAGGUGAAGACAAAUAAGGAAGAUCGAGAGGAUGAAAAGGUCCCGCAGGAAAGCUUACGUCUGAAAAUCAAGGUUCCGGCUCACAGGCGGAAGGCAGAGCUGCAGAGAGAAGAGGGCAAGGGAGACUCUGAGUCGGAAACCGGUGAGGGAAGGUGCCUGAGGAGGUCACCGAGGAUCUGCAGACCCACAGCCAAAAUAGUGGAGAUCCAGGACCGAAAGGUGGACAAGAAACAGGGCACACCCCCGACGGAGAAGGACAAAGAUGAAAACGGAGAGAAAGAGGAAGAGGAAAAUAUCGUACAGAAGAAACCGAGGGAGAGGAAGGUCGACCCAGAGGCUCAAACGAAACCGAAGGGGAGGCGCCGAAGGCGGACACGUUGGUCCAGCACCCGAACGCGGCGUAAAAAGAAAGGCUCGGAGGAGGAGGACGAUGAGAGUUCAAGUGAGGAAGAGGAGACUGAGGAAGAUGACAGUGAUGAGGAUUAUAAGGUGGAGAAAACCAGGAAGAGGAGGAGGAACUGCAAUAGAGCGAGGAACAGCUCUGAUUCGUCUACCUCGUGUUCAGAUGAUGACCUUCCAAACGAUGACCCCUGCAAACACUGUGGCCUACCCAACCAUCCCGAGCUGAUUCUACUGUGUGACUCGUGUGACAGUGGCUAUCAUACUGCUUGUCUCCGGCCUCCUCUUAUGAUCAUCCCAGACGGCGAAUGGUUCUGCCCACCUUGCCAGCACAAAUUGCUUUGUGACAAGCUGGAGGAGCAGUUACAGAAUCUAGAUGCAGCACUUAAAAAGAAGGAACGUGCCGAGCGAAGGAAAGAGCGCCUGGUUUAUGUCGGGAUCAGUGUUGAGAAUAUAAUCACGCCUUCUGUUGAGGUAGAAGAAGAAAAAGCGGAGGUGGAGGUGGUGGCGAAAGAGAAGAAGGAGGUCAAGAAAAACAAGAGCUGGGGCAGAAGAUCAACAAGAGCAAAGAAAUUUAUAAGCUACAGAUUUGAUGAGUUUGAUGAAGCUAUUGAUGAAGCAAUUGAAGAGGAUAUCAAAGAAGCUGAAGGAGGAGGAGCAGGACGAGGAAAGGACAUGGCCAAUAUUACAGGCCACCGAGGGAAAGACAUAUCCACCAUCUUACAGGAAGAGGGAAAAGAAAACGGGCGGCCCCAGCGGCCCAGCGCAGGUCAGAGGAGGAAAAAACGGCGGCGCCUUAAUGAUCUGGACAGUGACAGCACUGUGGACGAAGAAGAGAGCGAGGAAGAGUUCCGCCUCAGUGACAGUAGUGAGGAGGAGGAGUUUGUAGCGUCCGAUAACGAGGCGGAGAGUGAAGCCGAGGCCCAGUCCUUAGACGACAGCGAUUUCGGCAGUGACGGCUGCGGCCCGGCCAAGCGUUUUUCGUCCAGGCGGACAGCUGUGCGACGGCGGAACACACGUCCUCGCAGGCGACGCAGGCCAAAAGGCUACUCUGACGAUGAAGAGCUGGAGUCUGAUGAAGAGGAGGAGGAGUCAGAAAUUGCGACCGAGGGGUCCAGUGAAUUCAGUGACAGCGAUCUGGACAUGCGCAGACGCCGUUCCCACCGGAGCCGGAAAAAGCAGGUCAACUACCGAGAAACAUCUGACUCAGAAGGCUCCCAGGCAAGCACCAACAAGGACAAGAAGAAGAGCCACAGGCGUUUGUCCAGCUCCGAGAGCGAUGAAAGUUUCCAGUCUGCGGAUUCUGAAGAGGAAGACCGGAAAACUAAGAAGCGGAGGGUCGACUCGUCGGAAGAGGAGUCCCGCAAACGGCGCCACCGUCUGUCCCUGAAGCGCAGGAAGGAGUCGGAGGACGAUGACGAUUCGGACGAGUCGGAGGAAGACCGGCCCAUACGCAAGCGGGUGAACCGCAUCGAUUCCGAUGAUACUGAGGAUGAAGAGGAGGAGGAGGAUGAUAAGAAGAAGACGACUACGGAGAAGGAGUCUGAGGACGUCCUGGAAAAGGGGGUUGGCUCUCUUGACUACAGCUUGGUGGAGCUUCCUCCCACCAAUGGACAGAGCCCCAUGAAAGGCCUGGAGGGGUUGAUCCCACGGCCCGCUGUGGGCGUGGGCAACCCCGCUCUCGCCAGCCUGAAAAACAGCAGUGCGCCGCUUCCUGGGGCCAUGGCUGCCAACGGCCUGGUUCCCCAGGAGAUGGCGCCACAGGACGAAGAUGAGGAUGACCUUUUGGGGGUCACAGACCUUGUAGACUAUGUCUGCAACAGUGAACAGUUGUAAGACUCGGCGUAUGUUUUCCUUUUUGUUUUUACAGUUUUUCAAAGUCUUCUGUCUCAUCCAGCACUCCUUCACGUUUAGUUUUUUUCACGCGUAUUGUAUUUUGUUUUCGGUCAUUGCCAUGUCACAGUAUCGUUUGGAUGUUUGGGCCGGCACGGUUCUGUGUUCUGUGUGCCAGCAGGAAGAACUGAAAAUAGUUGUGGGGAUGGAGCAAAAAAGUUUACCCUUCUGCUUGAGAUGGUCCACAUUGACUGUGUGAAGGUCAUCAGCUUGGCAGCGGCUGGUGGGAACCAGCUUUGCAUGAGUCAGCCCCCAGCAGGAGAACAGCACCUGAACAAACGAUGUAAAUACAUUCACCGGACGAAGGUGUAGUUGGUUGGGGCGCCAUUAAGCGACUCCCCAAGAUGUUUUUAUUUUUAAAACUGCGAGUGAAAUAUACGACACCAAGCCUCUGGCAAAACGUAGAAACAACCUCCCCACCUCUCUUUUACACUAGUCAAGUAGCCAUUCCUUUUUCAGCAAAUUGGAAACCUCGUGAGUCAUUGUGGAAUAUUUUCAUUAUUUGUUGAAUUAGAAGCUACAUGAUUGUUCACUUUUAUUUUCGCUGGGAAAUCGGAGAAAAUAAGGACGGUGGCAACGGCAUAGAGGGUCGGAAAUGCAUUCCUGCCAAGGUCUGGACAUCGUUACCUGCUUGUCUAAAACAUGUUGUUGUUGUUGUUGUUGUUGUUGUUUUUUUAUUAUUAUUAUUAUUAUUAUUAUUUUGUUUUCCAAGGAAUCCCUUUUGUAGUAAGGCUCUAAAUGAGAUUCCCCCCAUUUCAGUUCUUCCCCCAGUUGGUGUGGGAUAUGCUCUUGAAUGUCUUUAACACUGAUGGGUUUGAAACUGAGUUGCAUUUAGUUGAAGACCACGUCUGUAUUCUAAUGAGAACAUAAGCUUGGUUUUGUUAAACUAUUUAUUCUUGAAAUUGUAAUUUUGAACUAAUUGCAGCUCCAAUCAUUCACAUACUUCCUUCAUGAGAGCCACAGGUUGGAAUUCCAGAGUAGUAAAUAUGGGAAGGUACACGGAAGUUGCUACCAAAUGGGUCUUGUGUAGAAAUAGCCACGUUUUUUAAGUAAGUACUCCCUUAAUGAAAGUGUUAGAAUGAUCAUCAAAUGACUGUUUCCAUGCUUCUUUUUAAUAAUAGCAUGAUACAGUAUGUAAACAUUACCCCCCCCCCCAGUCUAUACGAUCCAUAUGAGGAAAUUGAUGACUUUGUAGUUUUUGUGAUGUCACAAAAACAAGAGCUUUUGUGUACAUUCUCUUAUUCAGCCUACAGCAGUUCAGCCCCGCCCGAGCUGAAGUCCAGUUCACUGCUUCAUUAAUGAGGCACAACACAGGGCAGCCAAUCAGAACAGACGUUUUUCCGUUAUUUGAAUAUGUCAGUCUUAAAGGCACCCGUUUUAAAUCUAAGGGAUUGGCUGAAGAUGAAUUUGGAUUGUUUUUGGUACAACUCAAAAAAAAAAAAAAAGCAAGAGAAAUGUAGGAUAUGGGCCCUUUAAACCCUUUUUAUAAUGCCCCGUGCUAUUUUAUAGCCUGCUUUUGACCCUUUUGACUCCGUAGAUGUCAAAACUGCAUGUUUUGGCUGCAUUUUAGUCAAAUCGAUGUCCAAAAUCAAACACUAUUACCGCGGCAGCUCGUGAGUGCGUCAGAGGCCAAACUGAAAAGGUGUCAUUUGUGAUGUUACUGUAUGUGAUCAUGUACAUGUGUAAAACUUCAGCAUUUAUUUGUUUAGGAUGAACACGUCACACACUAGUGUUUAAUUUUUUGUUUUUGUUGUUGUAGUUUAUCUGAAGGAUAGUGGAGCUUUGUCCCGGUGUUGGGGGGGAGCCUUGUGUCACAUAUAUUAUUAUCUGUGGAUUUCAAGUCAUUUCAUCUCAGUUUAAUACGAAUAUUUAAUAAAAGGGAUUUUUCACUUGUUUUUUUUUUUUUUUCUUUUCUUCACAAGACCCAUCAUGCUACAAUUCUUUUCUAUUUUUCCUGCAUUAUAUCUUCACAUUAUAACCUCUUUUGUUUUUCUCUAAUACACAGACUAUUUUCCUUUCAUAUCUGAGCAAUAUUUUUCUUGUUAGCAGAAUAUACGGAUGUCCACCAUUGCCAGAUGUUUGAGUUGUUUUGGAAGUUCCCCUCGCUGUGGUAUUAAACAUGUCCAACACUAUGUUGACCACCUUGCAAUUAAAGCCUUCCUUGUUUUCGGCGCAGGACACAAACACGUCAAUGUCGGACGCUGUGUUUGGGAGGAGCGUUUACAGUACGGGUGGGCUGAGACGCGGGCCUGCACUGUGGGAGUCGAUGGCAAGCUGGGAGGGGUGAAGCAUAAAAUACUGAAUUUAUCCUUGCGUGUACUAUAUCUGUAGUUUUUGCUGUAACAUAGUUAGAAGCAUUUUUAAAUCGGUCAAACUAUAUAUAUUUAGCAGUCCUUUAUGAUUGCAACUGUUUAUAUUUCUUUUUUUUUUUUCCCUUUUCUUUUUGUAGUAGGUUGUGGCACUCGCACAACUUUUGUACAAUUCUGAAGUGUCCAAAGUGAGUCAUGGCAUGUUUGUUGUGUCCGAAUUUUUGUGGAGAUUAGAUGCGUUUUCUGGGGACGUGUGCUGCGAAGCGGGGCUCAGUUUUAAAGCUUUGAACUGAAUCCGCUGUUCGUUGGUGUAGUAGCUCAGUUUGAAGGGGAAUUCCACCAGUUUUUCAAAAUUUCCACACAAAUGGUCAGUAUGUUCAGAGUGGGUUGCUGAAAUGCUCUGUUGUAGAGAAACGUAUCCCAUAUUUCACAGUGGUGGUGGGAAUCCGGGGAUCCAGAUGUCCAAGCUUUAUUUAUUGCCCAAAACCACCAGUCAUGUCUUUUUAUAUGUAUUAUUAAUGAUGGAAGUGAUCAAAUCUGCAGAAAUGAACAUUUUGGGGUACUUUUUGUGUACCGUCCUGCCUUGACUGUUUAAAAAAGGCCACAGUCUGAUCUUAAAACCGUCUGAAAACUGUUUCACGCAUCAGGUGGUGCAUUCAUAGCCAUUUCAUGUGAUAACAUUGAGGGUUCCUGUCACCAACACUCGAUUCGGGCUCCACGUCUCCGUACCUUUAGUUAAUGCCUAAUUAAUUAACUACCAAAAUCCAUGGUAAACAGUAUUUUUAAGCUGUAUUGACUCCACACGCUGUCUCGUCCCCAAACCUGUUCUGUUUUAAGAUAUUCGGUCAUGAAAAGGUACGAAUAUGUACUUCUCACUCGGGUGAAACUUAUUUAAGGUUCACAGCUGGACCUUCAAACCACGGUUGUACCCUUUGAGGGGGCAUUUACAUUGUUUGUACCUUGAGGAACGGAAAACGUUCCCGCAAAGAGCUUUUCACGUCAAACCACUCUAAUUAUGCCAAAAGUCAGUGGGAUUCCUGUUCAGGAGGAGUUACUUUGAUAAUCCAUGAGUUUUGUGGUCUAUACCGCUGGUGAGGAUUUUCCACCACUGGUGCAGCACGUUUGGCGGUUUGCUGGAACUUUGUACAUAUGAAACCUGUUCUUGGAGGGAACUGUGUGUUGAGCGACCUGAGCCUUACCAGCUGAGCUCAGCAGAGUGAUGUGGUUGUGACAGCGCUGAGUGAGCUUUGUAAAAUGUCUUGUAAAAUAAUGUCUAAGCUUGGCAUGCACAUCUGUCCUAAUCAAAUGUCUCUUUUUUAUUAUUAUUAUUAUUAUUAUUUUUUUAAAGAAUUAUUUGUUGUUUUUUUUUCCUUAUUAGAAAUUAGCAUCACGAUUCGGUUCAGACGUUCCCCAAGCAAGGUCGUGACCUCGGCGUCUGUGAUCUUGCUGAACAGCAUUUUGAUACUAAUGAAAUCCCACAAAAGCUUGUGUUCAUCAUUUCCCUUCACGUCUUAAUAUGACUCAGAUGAAUCGGAGACGUGUUCAGAUGAAUCGGCGUGAGCCGAAAUUGAGGUGGUCUCAAAUCUUGCGGAUCGGGUUCAUGUUAAAGGAAAGUCAGUGCCAAUAAAUCCAGCUGUUUUUGAUGGGUCGGGCUGAGCGCGUGUGCGCCGAUGGAGUCUGGUUCGGGCAUUAGGUUCUAGAGGUGUCCUCUGUCUUUGCUCUUCUUUCCGAUGUCUUUUUGUUAACUGUACUUGUAAUUUCUUUCAUAUAAAUACAAUCUUGUACAUUUGUCAUAAUAAAAGGGUACUGCACCUA